UACAAAUUCGCCGAUUCCCAAGGACGCCAACACACGAUUGACCCCUCCAGAGCAGCCACACGGCCCUUCAACGUCGCAAUGGGUUUCUCGCGCUCGACCUACUGGGACGCCCGCAACCGGCAAUCGCCUGCUCUGAUCCGGGCGCGGCGGCCAUACCUUGUCAAGAACACUGUGACCGGCCUCGCUCUCGGGGCGAUUGCCGUCGGUGUUUGGGCUUACACUAUCAACGCGAUCGGCCAAGACGAGUUCGAGGACGUCAAGGUUCCUGAUGUGCCGGUGAAACCCGCAUCUCAGGAUGCGAAGAAGUGAGGACGCUUGCUAUUACCCAGAAGGGGGAACCAGGCAGCACCCAGCUAUGUCUGUAACAUUUGGGGGAGUCCUAUUUGAUUCAAAGCAUCCACGAGCAGCCUUGGCCCAGUUUUUUCUCGUGAGACAACUGCUCCGGGUAUCGGCUCAGUCUAUCGGUCCCAACACUCACCAAGCCGAGUUCGAUACGACACGUCCAGACCGAACAUCAGACCACCCUUCCGCGAUCGAUCAAACGAUCAAAUCUUCAUUAUGGACAAGGGAUCGCCAGUUUUGUACACCUCCUCAUCAAUACACAUACCUCAUCUAUAUGACAUUAGUCAACCCGAAACCUCCAUCCGUAUCCCUCCGUGGCGCGUUAGAAGCCCAUCUGACAAGGCCGAGAAAACAAAAGCAAAACGGAAACGCGGACCCGUGAAUAUCCCCAAUGCCUGCAUCUGAAACUCCGCUGAAAUUCGGCGCUGACAACCG